AUGAUACCUAAACAUGCUUUAAAUGCCAUUGAUAAGUUACUUCAAGACGUUUGCAAUAACAAGUUUCCUUUCGGUGGUAAAGUUAUUCUUAUGGGUGGGGAUUUUAUGCAAAUACUUCCGGUUGUAAAGAGAGCAGAUGGUUCCUUUCGCGGGUGCAUUGAGAUUCCUGAGCAAUGCUUGCUUGGAGAAAAUGAAUCUUUAGUAGACAAGAUUUUUGGAGUUGCAGAAGAAGAUGAUUAUGCUAAACGUGCCAUUUUGACACCCAAUAAUGUUGAUUCUUUAGCAAUAAAUGAAGAAGUUUUAGACCGUUUACCAGGUGACGUUAAGGUUUAUUUAAGUGCUGAUACUAUUGAAACAGGUGAUCUUAACGAAAUCAAUAAUUUUCCUGUUGAGUUUUUAAACAGUCUUACUCCAUCAGGAAUGCCUGUUCAUUGCCUAAAGCUAAAAAUUGGUGCUGUUAUAAUGUUACUUCGAAAUUUAGAUCUAAAAGCUGGACUUUGCAAUGGUACCCGAUUGAUAGUGCGUGCUCUACAAAAUAAUUACAUUGAUGGGCAAGUUCUAACAGGUGUUUCAGUUGGCAAGAGGGUAUUUGUCCCUCGGGUUCAGUUAACACAAUCUGAUUCAAAUUUACCUUUUACUCUUAAGCGUCGUCAAUUUCCUGUAAGAUUAGCAUACCCAACGACCAUAAAUAAAAGUCAAGGUCAAACUUUUGACAAAGUUGGUAUUUAUCUCAAAAACCCUUGCUUUUCACAUGGUCAACUCUAUGUUGCAUGUUCAAGAACAAGAUCGUUUAAUACCUUAUUUUUUAAAAUUGAUGAACAUUCAUUACAAGGUAUGUCAUUUAAUAAAUGCUACACAAACAAUGUUGUAUUUACCAAUGUACUAAAUCUAUAAAUAAUUAAUUUUUUACAAUUAAACUCCUCAUUUCUUAUAAAUAUUUUAACUGUAAUUUAAAGUAUUUUUGUGUGUUGCUUGAUGCAGUAAUGUGUGAUAUUUAUUAUGUGUUUAAAUAUGUCUUAAGGUUGUAUUUUGUAAGUGUUUAUGUGUAACUAAUGUGUAAAUGACUGUUAUAUGUGAAGUGUAUUUUUUAUGUUAUCUGUUUAUAGUUUGUGAGUUGUUAUUAUGUUGUUUUCAUGGUUUCAAAGUGGUGUGACUUGGCUUUGUUUAUGGCAAGAGUGUUGUCUUUGCUAGCUAAGUGAUGUACAGACAUGAAACACAUAAUAAAAUCUGUUUGUAAUCACAAAAUGUGUACUUAUAAGUAUGUUAUAUUUUGUAAGUAUUUAUGUGUAAUUAAUGUGUAAAUGGCUGUUACAUAUGAAGUGUAUUUUUUGUUAUGUUAUCUGUUUAUAGUUUGUGAGUUGUUAUUAUGUUGUUUUCAUGGUUUCAAAGUGGUGUGACUUGGCUUUGUUUAUGGCAAGAGUGUUGUCCUUGCUAGCCAAGUGAUGUACAGACAUGAAACACAUAAUAAAAUCUGUUUGUAAUCACAAAAUGUGUACUUAUAAGUAUGUUAUAUUUUGUAAGUAUUUAUGUGUAAUUAAUGUGUAAAUGGCUGUUACAUAUGAAGUGUAUUUUUUGUUAUGUUAUCUGUUUAUAGUUUGUGAGUUGUUAUUAUGUUGUUUUCAUGGUUUCAAAGUGGUGUGACUUGGCUUUGUUUAUGGCAAGAGUGUUGUCCUUGCUAGCCAAGCGGCGUACUGACAUGAAACACAUAAUAAAACCUGUUUGUAAUCACAAAAUGUGUACUUGCAAGUAUGUUAUGCUGUUAGUAAAUAAAGUAUUUACAAUAAAGUCUGGAUAACUCAAUAAAUCAACUUAAAUAAAUCAAACUAAUUUUAAAAUUCCAGUUGAGCGAUUGUUUAUGGAUCAUACUACCAAUAACUGAAAUAUUUUCUAAUAAGCUAAUUGCUUGAUCCUUUGGUGGUUUAAGUUAUUGAGUCUUUACUGUAAGAUUUUGUGCUAUUUGUUAUUGAUGUUUGUGAUGUUACUGUUGUGAUGUUUUGUGUU